UGAUGCUACAACUACAACAGCAAGUAGCUCACCAAAGUCAACUAAUCGGACAACUGCAACAAAAGGUUGAAGCCCUCGAGACCUUUAACCAACAACUUAUACAGAUGCAAGAUGAAAAACUACCUGAGGACCCAGACAUUUAUAACUCGACUCUCAUUCCUACACCUGUGUAUACUAUCGAUACUCUUAUCCCUUAUGAAGAGUAUACGACU